AACUUCAAUAAUAUGAUUGAAUAUGGACCUCUAUUAUUUAUUGAUGUGUUAAUAACGCUCGACACACUCACACGAAUAUUCAUGGAUGUAGAGCUUACAGCUUUGAGAAUCAUAUUUUGAAUUAAGAGAAGUUAACCACAAGUCAUUUGCAUAAUACAAAGUUUUCAGAUAAGAUUAUGAUUUAUAUUAAAAUGAAUUAGAUCCAAGUGUUCAUUAGGGAAUUAGUUUUAUUUAGAUAUAUUUCGAUGUACUUACAUUUUCAGUUACCUCUUGUACUUAUCCUAAGUACAAUUAAAUCUACCGUUCCAGAUUGUGGAUGCGAUACAAACAGAGAUAACCAUUGUAAAGAUGAUUCAAAUCCCAGUUUUAAAUACUUAAAAGAUUCAAACGAAAUUAGAGACAAUAACGAUGUGAUAAAUACGUCCAAUAUGGUACUAAUAGAAGGCUCUACGUUCGAAAUGGGAACUAAUAAACCAGUAUUUGAAGCAGAUUUUGAAGGUCCUCUUCGGAAUGUUAGCGUCAAUAAUUUUUAUUUAGAUAAAUAUGAAGUUUCGAAUCAAAAUUUUUACGAUUUUGUCAAAAAAACAGGGUAUCAAACAGAGGCUGAAGUUUUCGGAGAUAGUUUUAUAUUCGAAAUGUGCCUUCCGGAAGAAGAGAAGAAAAAAUAUGAAGACGUUAGGGCUGUACAAGCACCUUGGUGGAUAAAAAUGAAAGGCGUUUCUUGGAAACAUCCUGAAGGACCUGAUACUACUAUCGAAGAUAAAAUGAAUCAUCCUGUAAUUCACGUAUCUUGGAACGAUGCGGUUAAAUACUGUGAAUAUCUAGGAAAAAGAUUACCGACCGAAGCUGAAUGGGAAAUGGCUUGUAGGGGAGGAUUAAAACAAAAAUUGUAUCCUUGGGGUAACAAACUCAAUCCGAAAGGACAACACUGGACGAAUAUAUGGCAAGGCGAAUUUCCACAUACUAAUACCGCAGAAGACGGGUUCAAAUUUACUAAUCCAGUUGAUUCAUUUCCUCCAAACAAAUUUGGGUUAUACAACAUGGCCGGGAACGUUUGGGAAUGGACACAGGAUAAUUGGCAAAAUAGUCCUAAUACGAAGGUGAAGAAAGGUGGUUCGUUCUUAUGCCACGAAUCGUAUUGUUGGAGGUAUCGUUGCGCUGCUAGAUCGUCCAAUACCAAAGAUAGUUCUGCUUCUAAUUUGGGGUUCCGUUGUGCAGCCGACAAGAUUUAAAUUGGAGGUUCAUUACAGAUAUAAACAAAUCCUUAAAUAACUUUAAUAAUGUUGUAAGGUAACCCCAUAUUUUUAAAAUUUUUACAUUAAUAAGAAUUAUCAAAAAAAAAUAUUUUAAUUAAUAAAAUUGUAUCAAAAACUAGUGAUAUUCAACCCCAUAAGGGGAAAAAAUUAACUAAAAGACAUAUAUAAUUCACAAUUUUGACUUAAAUUUAGUAAAAAAAAACAUUUUUCCUACCUCCAAAUAAAUUUAGGGUGCUACCAAUUAAUUGGUAUUAUUUUUUUUCUUUUAUAAUAGUUUCCUUCGCCUAUUUUAAGAUGACAAUAAAAUUGUAUGAACCUCCAAUCAAAAUAUGGCAAGAUAAAAUAUUCAAGUACUUAAAAUAUCCUGCCAAAAAGUCUUCCGAUUAAUUUUUUAAUAUUUUUAAUAGAUGAAAGUAAUAUAACUAUACGUUAAACGGU